AGGCGUCUGUUUUUUAUGAAUUUAGUUUCGCAAUGGCCAUUUAAAAGUAUGCUCAUUGAAAGACAGUGUUAAGCCAUUCACGGCUCAUUUUCUCACUGUGUGUAGUGUUAGACGACUUAUUAUUCUAAAAACAUGACAAAUCUUGAUGUGAGCAACAGUAGCACAGACAGUAGUUCUGGGUCCUCCUCAGACUCAAGCAGCAGCGGCAGCUCUUCCACCAGCUCUGGGUCUGGGUCAAGCAGCUCCGACUCUGAAUCUUCUACCUCUGACACACCUGCAGUUGCACAACCUGCCCCUAAAUCACCCGCAAAGCCUGAUGAAGAACCACCGAAAAAGAAGGAUGAUUCAAAACCUAGGCAAACAACAAAUAAAAAAGUAUCAUCAUCUAGUGAUGAUGAUGUGCCCAAGCCAGAGCCACCAAAACCUGCACCACCCCGUAGACGUUCUUCUACCAAACCUAAAUCAGCAGCUAGUGUCCUGGCUAAGGGGAAACCGCCUCGAGCGGCAGCAGGAGCUAAAACACCUAAACCAAUACCUAAGACCAUGACUAAACAGCAAACAAAGAAUGACCAAAAAAAGAAGAGCAUAUUCUCUCCUGACAACAGCUCGGAAUCUGAAUCAGAGAGCAAAUCAUCAAAGAGUCCUAAAGGUUCACCGAAAAAUAAAAGAGGUACUAGGAAAUCUAGUGAGGACAAGGACACAUCUCCUCCAUCACCAUUGACUGCUGCAGAAAAUGAUGAUUCAAAUUCCAAAGACAAUAUAAAACGUAGAAGUGGAAGUAGACCCAGUGGGCCCCCCUCUAAAAAAGUUGUGGAUAAUAAAAGCGCCUCCUCAUGUUCCUCAAGUCAAUCUUCAGCAGAAACUGUUUCUUCUGAAAGUGAUAGUGAACCAACUCCUAAAAAGGAGCCUAUUAAAACUGGAAAGACAAAACCACCUUCUUCAGCUAAUAAAGUUGAGAAAGGUAAAAGCGACUCGGGCGAGUCUCAGGCGAACAACAUGCCUCGGAAGCUGACACGCUCCCUGUCAGCUCGCGUGUCGCGCAUGGCCACAGCCACGAGGCCCAGAACCACGGACACCGACUCUGAUGUUGAUGAAAAACCAAACGAUAAAAGUAAGGAGAUAAAGAAGAAAGGCCGUCCUCUCAUUUCUCGGUCUCCCAUCGCUGAGCUCACGCCGCCGCAGCCGAGCGAGCGGCGCUGCCCCGUGCGCGGCUGCGACUCCACCGGACACCUCGGCGGCAAAGCGGGCCGGCACUUCACUUGGGACGCGUGCCCGCUGUACCACAACGUGACAGGCGCGUGGUGCGUGGCCGCGGCCGAGGAGCGCGCCGCCGCCGCCGCCGCGCGCCGCCGCGCGCUCGCCAACAUGCAGCAGCGCCCGCGCGCCAUGCCCACUAUAGAGCAGCGGGCGUACCAGCUCAAGGUCAAGGAUAUGCGCUCCAAAUGGAAGGGCAGCCAAGAGCUGCGCGAGAAGCUCGCGGCUUCCGGCGGGGAUGACAUGAACGAAGAACGAGAGCCAAUAUUGGAGGGAUUUGCGCCGGAUUACGACUUGCGGCUGUUCCGGGAGGCUCAAGCGCUUGCUGCUAUUAAGAUAGAGGAGGAGCUAGGAGACAUCCCCACCGAUAAGGGAACUAGGUUCGUGGUGAUGGGCAAGUACAUGAUGGAGGUGUGGUACCAGUCGCCGUACCCGAACGACGCGGCGCGGGUGCCCCGCCUGUUCGUGUGCGAGUUCUGCCUGAACCACCACAAGAGCGCCACCGGCGCCGAGCGGCACCGCGCCAAGUGCGUGUGGCGGCACCCGCCUGGAGACGAGGUGUACAGAAAGGACAAACUCAGCGUGUGGCAGGUGGACGGUCGGAAGCACAAGCAAUACUGCCAGCAGCUGUGUCUGCUCGCCAAGUUCUUCCUCGACCACAAGACGUUAUACUACGACGUGGAACCUUUUCUGUUCUACGUCAUGACGUGCGCCGACGAGGAGGGCUGCCACGUCGUCGGGUACUUCAGUAAGGAAAAGAAUUCGUUCUUGAACUACAACGUCUCGUGCAUCCUGACGCUUCCUCCGUACCAAAGGCAAGGCUAUGGAAGACUACUCAUCGACUUCAGUUACCUUCUAACCAAAGUUGAAGGCAAAGUCGGUUCUCCAGAAACUCCGCUCUCAGAUUUGGGUCUCAUCUCGUACCGCUCCUAUUGGAAGGAAGCGCUCUUGAAAAGACUAUGCUCGGCGCCCGGACCUACUCUGUGCAUCAGGGAUUUGAGCAAGGACCUCGCCAUUGCAUCCUCGGAUAUAGUGUCGACGUUGCAGGAGAGAGGACUCAUGAAGUAUUGGAAGGGGAAGCACAUUGUAUUAAAGAAACAGGACGUCCUGGAGGAGUUGUCUCGGCGGGCAGACCGCGCGCGCUGCGUGGAGCCGAGCUGCCUGCGCUGGACGCCGCCGGGCGCGCCGCCGCCGCGCUGACGCCGCGCCCCGCGCGCGCGACUCGCGCCCAGAGCCCGCGCGCGCCACAUGCCGCGCAGCCGCAGCAGCCAGGCCCGCAGCCUGCUGUAAGUCUGCCCCUGCGCGCCUGCUGAUUCAUUAUAUUCACUGUGAGAUCUUUGCUUUUUUCUAUGUUUACUGUGGAUUUAGCAAUGCCUUGGACGCAGCUUGCUCUGCCUUAAUAGAUCUUUGAUUGUACCUUUGUUGCAUAUAAUAUUGAUUGACUGUUAUUUAGAUCUCACAAUGAUUCUUGUUAGACAUCGAAUGUCACGUGCCGCGUAGCCGCAAGAGCUAAGUACGCGGCCAUUCAUAAAAUUGCCUGUUAUGGUUCAAACAGUAUAUUAAACCGGGAAAAUAUUAUAUAUACAUAUAUUUUUACUUUUUAUUUAAAAGCUUGCGAUUCGCAUAAGUAGGUAUAAUUAGAUUUAAUCGAAUGCAUCGUGAGCUAGAUGUUAUUUUUGCUGAGUAUUCAGGCGUCACGUCAUCUAAAGUUUUUUGAGUUGUAUCUGUUUGGUCCACUCCACAGCGAUUGUAAUGAAAUCUAUAUAUCAAAGGACUUAUGAGAAAUGGGUCGACAUUAAAACCGUUAAUUUCAUAUAAGUAUAAAGAUUUGUCUUAAUAAAUACAUAGUAAUAAUACUAAAUCGAUUGUAUUAUCCAGUAUAAUAUUUAUAUUGAAUCUAAAUAUUGAAGAUUGAUUUUUCCACAAACAGGAAACUGAAUCAAAUAAAUGACGACCAAAUAUAUAGAUGAUAAAAUAAACUAACAACUAAAAUAAUCUAACAACUAUGAGAUAUUAUGUAUGGUACAAGGAGGGAAUCCGGACAUCCGUCACAUCUGUACUAUUGACAAUUUGUUACUAUUAUGCCCGCGGCUCCGCGCGUGUGAGAUUCAGCUACAUUCAUUUUCCCUUCCUAUGGAUAUAAAAAAUAAUCUAGAGUAUUGUAGCCGUGAAAGGGUAAUAAGUGACAGACUAUCUAAAAUAUAAUUAUUUAUUUACUAUGAUUAAGGCAGACUUAAUAUCACAUUUAAGUAUAACUUUAGUAUUAAUAAAUAUACUGAAAUGAAAUGUAUCAGAAUCAACUUUAUAUGUAGAUAUGUGCCGCAAAUUAUAAAAUUAGUUUAAAAAAGUGUGUUCAAAUGGGAGCACUUCUAAAUAUAUACAUAUGUAGGUUAAUUCACGAAAGCUGGCGCAAACCUUAUAUGAGAAUUUUGACAGUUAAGUACCUACAAAUCUCGCGUCAGCUUUUAUGAAUCUAGUUAUUUAUACCUAAUGAUGGCAUUUCAGAAUAUAUAACUGAAAAGUUCGAAUCUUAUGAUUAGAUAUAGUACAUUGUGCAACAUGGGGCGUAAGUUAAAUAUUGCAAACGAGAGUAAGUUAAAUCGCGACGGCUUGCCGGAGCGAUUUAUAGACUCGAGUUUGCAAUAUUAUUACGCCCCGAGUUACACACAAUGUUUUUCAUCACACUUGCGAUGCAAAAAUAAAGUAUAAAGACAAAAAACUGUUAAUUAUGGCACUAGAAACUUUAUAACUCCCUAGGGCAAACGCUUUUUCUAUAACUCCCGCUAAACCUGCUUGCAAUUCCAUAUUUACUGAGCAAGUGUGAUGAAAAGUAAUAUACUUACGUCUUCUAUGUUUAUGUUGUGUCUUAUCGCAAUAAGUGUGGUUGUGUAGCGUACUUAUAAGGAUCCUCAGUUUUUAUAUCUUUGAAAUUAUGUAUAUAAUACGUUAUCUAUAUACCUACUAGUGUCACUUUCUUUAAAAGUACCUACGGUGUAUGUGUUAUUCGGUAUGUACGUAUUGCGUAGAGAUAACCCUUGUAUAACAUAAGACUUUUAGCGCAUACUGGUUGUUCUCAGUAGUUAGACGACAAAAGUAUGUAGUGGCUCACAGGAGCAUAUAUUCCAAUAAAUGCGCGUUAUAUACGGACGGAGAGCUGAAAAGACAGAGAAGGACAUAACAAAACAAAGGUUUCGAUUUGCCAUCUUGGCUAAGGAAGCUUAAAGACCGUUUGUAGAUUACUUUAUUUUCACCUACCAAGUUUUAAUGAAAAUGAAAUGAAAUGAUUUUUUUUAUUUCAGGCAACUAAUGGCCCAUACAUAAAUACCUUAAAACUAGCAUACAUAUUAUAAAAAUAUAUUUUAAAACUAAACACUUCAAAUCGCAUUAUGGCUGCGAUGCAUUACGCAACCCCGCAGUGUCAGCGCAGUGUGUGUUAAUACUAGCGUCGCCAUAACGUCUGCUACUCCGACCAGUAGGGUCCUAGCUGUUAAUUGUUAACGUUAAUCUUCUUUAUUAAAAAAAAUCUGUCCUGUCGUACUGUUCAACUAGCUCAAGGCUGCCUUGAUAUUUUGCAAACUUCGACCUCAAGGUUCCAUCAUCGGACCUGUUCAAUGUGUAAUACUGCAUAAUGUUAUUGGGCUUAUAUAACUAGGCCGAACUUCAUGAAACAGACAUAUGAAGUUUAGUAAAAAUAAAAGAAAAUAUUUGUAGGUCAUGGUGGAUGACCAAUAAUCUUCCAUUAUAUGUUUAUGACGUCUUCGCCUUCCCUCAUGCGCUCUACUUUUUUUUACAUUAUAGGGAUAAAUACCUACUGGAAGACAAUCUCACAAAUCAUAUGACUAUGUUUUAGUUCUAAUAGUAAAUAAGCUGCAUAAGCGAAUUGCACACCUUAUCAGCGUUGUAAAUACUUAGUGAAAUGUGUACGGUAGAUAGUUCAAUUUAGACUAAGUAGAAACUGUACAAAGUUGCGUUUUAUUUAUGGAAAAUAUUAUUUUUUGUACUGUACCAACUUAUUUCAAAUAUAUUGAUUGUUAAUCUUAAUCUGGUGUAAAUAUUACAAUUUCUUAUUUAAUAUGUUUAAUACAGUUUGAAUUUUUAA